AUGCGUUCAAGAUUUGCCUUCACUCUUCUUCCUCUUACUUUGGUUGCUGGGCAACAAAUUGCUACCCUUACCGCUGAAGUCCACCCAUCUCUCACAUGGCAGACAUGCACAGCUCCCGGUAGCUGCACCACCAACAAUGGCAAAGUUGUCCUCGACGCCAAUUGGCGUUGGCUGCAUUCCACUGACGGUUCUACCAAUUGCUAUACCGGGAACACUUGGGACGCAACUCUUUGCCCGGACGAUGCCACAUGUGCUAAGAAUUGUGCACUUGAUGGUGCAGAUUACAGUGGCACCUAUGGCAUCACAGCGAGUGGAAGCUCCUUAAAGCUCAACUUCGUCACGCAGAGCGGACAGAAGAAUGUUGGAUCCCGCCUGUAUCUGUUGGCGGACGACAACAACUAUCAGAUGUUCAAUAUGCUGAACCAGGAGUUCACAUUUGACGUCGAUGUUUCGCAUCUUCCUUGUGGAUUGAACGGAGCACUGUAUAUGUCUGGGAUGGUGGCAGAUGGGGGCAUGGCUCAAUUCCCAACCAACAAGGCCGGUGCAAAGUAUGGCGUGGGAUACUGUGAUUCUCAAUGCCCACGAGAUCUCAAGUUCAUCAACGGUCAGGCCAAUGUAGAUGGAUGGACUCCCUCCAGCAACAACCCAAACACGGGAGUCGGCAACCACGGCUCCUGCUGCGCAGAAAUGGACAUCUGGGAAGCCAACAGCAUCUCCACAGCCCUGACCCCUCACGCGGCCGACACCCCCCAACAAACAAUGUGCACAGGCGACGCGUGCGGCGGAACCUACUCCUCCUCCCGGUACGGCGGCACCACCGACCCAGACGGGUGCGACUUCAACUCCUACCGCAUGGGCAACACCACCUUCUACGGGCCCAGCAUGACCGUCGACACGACCUCCAAGUUCACCGUCGUCACACAAUUCCUGACCGACGACGGGACAGCCAAAGGCACUCUGUCUGAAAUCAAGCGCUUCUACGUUCAGAACGGCGUCGUGAUCCCGAAUUCGGAAUCCGAUAUCGCUGGUGUGACGGGAAACUCGAUCACAACCUCCUUCUGCGAUGCCCAGAAAACGGCGUUCAAUGACAAGAAUGUGUUUGCGGAUCACGGUGGGAUGGCAGCUAUGGGUAAGGCAUUUGAGGCGGGCAUGGUGUUGGUUAUGAGUCUGUGGGAUGAUUAUUAUGCUCAUGCUCUCUGGCUGGACUCGACGUAUCCUACAGAUGGCGCUGCCACGAGUCCGGGUGUUGCGAGGGGGACUUGUGCCACGACGAGUGGGGUUCCGAGCGAUGUUGAGAGCGCGGAUGCGGCGGCUUAUGUCGUUUAUGAGAAUAUUAAGGUGGGAGCGAUCAAUAGCACUUUUGGGUCAGCGUAGGGGAUUUACAAGGUCUGCGAGUUCGGCAACGAGCACAUAGUGCGAGAUGAUUAACCCUUCUGACUAGCGAUGCGGGUAGUUCAAUUCUUGGGAAGUUGGGCGGUGCACUGACCUAGGAGAGGGAGUAAGACUUGCAAAUCGAGAGGCAAGGUUGGAUUCUGUACUGUACAUACUUACGAUUGCAAAGUCAAAGAGGUCUGGGACUUCGAAGUUUUGGCACCUUCCGAAGCUUGAGAGGUCAUGCAUUCGGAUAUAGAUGUUUCCCCAGGUGCUCAAGUGAGUCAAAGUUAAAAGGAUGUUUAGAUC